AUGGAGUUCAGUAUAUCUAGGUACUACAGUGCCUUCGAUGUACAGAACGAUUUUGAUAUAGAUACAUCAGACAUUGAUGAAAAGCUAUGUCAUGCUACUAACGCAUUGGCGAAUAGCUGGGAGGCGGUUCAUCAUAACACUGAGCUUCUCGAAGAACUAAUAGACUUGGCUCACGGGUUCCAGCAGCUUGAUUCGAAGCACAAAAAGCAAGUGAACUACCUCAUAUCGUCAUCACUCCUGAAUGCGUCCCGCCAAUGCAAAAUUAUGAUCGAAGAGGGGGAUUACGUUGAUACAGCAGAUGUGCUCAAGCUGUGUCUAGAGAAAUAUGGCUAUUUAAUGUUCGUACUCCUAAAUUUCCUAUCCAGGGAAGACUUCCCAACAAGUACAUCUGCCAGACAGAAGCAAUCGUCGGUAGCAUGGAAUAACAACUGUCAGCAAGUAGAUGAUGCUCUUGCGUCAAUUGUGCCUUGUUUGCAACUAGACUUAUCCAAGAUAUUUGUGACGACUCCGGAGAAAAACCAGCUUCUUGAUUUGUUUCUUCGACCUAUCUUCCACCUUAUGGAGCUCCCUGAGCGUAUGAAGGUCAACAACAUUCGAAUUGUCAUGUUUCGUAUCAUAUCGCUUGCGGUGACGCUUCAUGGCAGCGAAGAGAGCGUACAAAACUCCGUCAUUCAAUCGUUAACAUACUACCCACAUCUCCCACAGUACAUGGCAGAAUUGCUACAUACAUUGGACAAGUCGUUUGAUCACAUCAAGCUUGCUGAGGAUAUCCUUCUCGAAAUAAGUCAAUUAGAAUUCAAUGCCAACGAUACAAAUGGGCCGAAAGCGGUAUCAGAGUUUUUGGUCAAGAUGUCUGAGCUCAGUCCAAGACUAAUCUUGAAGCAAAUGGCUUCAAUUAGUCAGAUCCUCGACAAUACAAACCAAUCGCUACGGUGUUCAGUUAUUGAGACUUGUGGUAACAUUGUGGUCGACGCCUUCAAAGCUUACUUUAAUAGUACUUACUCGUCUGAGGAUGAACACGCCGAGAUAAGUAUGAAGCAGAUUUCGAAGUUAUUCUCCUUACUCAAGCAACGUACCCUAGAUCAGAAUCCAUUCGCAAGAACGAAGGCCUUGCAGGCUAUGGUGAAGGUUUUCAAUCAGUCCCCGGUGAAGGAGUACGUUGUAGGUGCGCUCGAGCCAUCUGAAUCGAAUGAGUUGGAUGUUGAUCCUGCAAAUCUGUGGUAUCAAGAGGUUUUGGACGUCGCAAUAACUGGUCUUUACGAUAGAAGUACCUUGGUUCGCCGUAAUGCUAUCAAGCUCUUAUCGAAGAUUUUGAUUGAGCAUCCCUUCUCGUCAAAGGAGAACUUAAGAAUGCUGUACACUCGAUGGGAAAGGAAACUCGAUGAGCUUAAAGCUGCUAGCCAGAAUAUCAUUCCUGAGCUGUACUUCCAAAAGUUUGCCGAUCAGAACGAGAAGAGAGAGCUGUCUGCACCGAAAGGAUCUUUAAAGACGAUUGAUGAGGAUGACAUGGAUGUUGACAGUGAAGAGACUCAUAAGGGUAAUGAUAAGGGUGACGAAGAGCAGGAGGAGGAUGGUGAACUGGGCCCAGAUCAGAGAGAGUCGGUCUUGGCCGAAUUGAAUCUGGAGAUCAACACUGAAGAUUUUGAUAAGGUCAAAAGCUUGAUGAAGCUUUGGGAGUACUACAACUGUGUUUUGGCAUUUAUAAGGAAGCUUGAAAGAGGAGUGGCUAUCACGACAUCUCUCUUAUUUUCAAAGAACAGAAACGAGGUACUUGAAGCUAUGGAUUUCUUGGUCUGCGCGGAUGCAUAUGGUAUUGAGAAUGCCAGCCAGGGCAUUCGCAAGAUGCUUCACUUGGUCUGGAUGAAGGGCUCUUCAGACGAGGGAAAAUCGAUUGCCAGUCAACUUGUCGAGUGUUACAAGCUACUUUUUCUUACAACGCCCUCAAAUAUCACAGCACAACAGGCCUCGGAGAUGAAGGCACGAAAUUUGAUCAAAAUCACCAUCGAUGCUACAGUUGCCGACUUGGCGUCCCUUGAAAAGCUCAUGUGUAUGAUUUAUGAGGGUAAGUUGAUCGAUUGGGGAAUGAUUGAACUGUUGUGGUAUAUCUACAGUAAAGCGGGAUCUAAUGAGAGUCGCUACUCGCAAGCCCAAAUUCACGGUGCCAUCAUUGUUCUUGGAAUGAUCUCAUCUGCUAAUCCUGCAAUUGUACAAUGUGGGCUCAAGUCGCUUCUUGAGAUUGGCCUCGGUCUGGUGGGUCGCCUGGAUUUGGUCUUGUGCAAGCACUCAUGCGCUACCUUGUUAAAGAUUGUGCAGCCUCUGAAGAAAAGAGCUACUCUGCAAUUGUUUACGGAUGACAGUGAGGCCGCUGAAAGACUCAAAGGGAUUUUGUUGUGCUACACCACUCAGAGAGAGUGGUUUCCAGUUGCAGAGCAAGCCAUCAAUGCAGUGUUUAGGACUUUACAGAACCCAAUAACGUUCUGUGAUGGAAUUAUCAGAGCUAAAAGCAAAGCUGUUUUUGUGAAAGAUAGCGACGCGGAGUCCAGUACAGUUGCCUUGACACAACUUCUCUUCAUCGUGGGGCACGUUGCGAUCAAAACCAUUGAGCAUUUGGAAACUCUCGAGGCUCAGUUCAAGAAGAUGAAGCAUGAUAUCGAAGCUGAGAAGAGUAAUCAGCGCAAGGCGAGUACAACCGAAAAUGAAUUGGAAAUGAUAGGAGGAACAUCGGAAGAUGACUUCACGGAUGUUGUUGCUUACAUCAGAGAGACCGAGAUAUUGUACGGUGAGAAAUCUCUUUUGGCAAAGUUUGGAGGCUUGGUCACUGAAAUUUGCACCAACAGAAAAGCCUACAACAACCUAACCCUUCAACGGUCGGCUGUUCUUUGUUUAUCCAAACUAAUGUGUGUCUCGACAAAAUUUUGUGAGGCCAAUUUGCCCUUGUUUAUUACAAUCAUGGAAAAGUCUGAGGACCCCGUGAUCAGGUCAAACUGUGUUUUGGGUCUUGGUGAUAUGGCUGUGUGCUUCAACAAUUUGGUCGAUGAAAAUACGGACUUCUUGUAUCGUCGUCUCACCGAUGAAAACUUGAUGGUGCAAAGAACAUGCCUCAUGACGGUUACAUUUCUCAUCUUGGCCGGUCAAGUGAAGGUGAAAGGACAACUUUCAUCUAUGGCCAAGUGUCUUGAAAACCCGGAUCAAGGUAUCAGCGACAUGUGUAGGUUGUUCUUCACAGAGUUGGCUACCAAGGACAACGCCAUUUACAAUGCUUUCAUUGAUAUAUUCAGUGGUCUUUCAAACGACGACACAUUAUCCAAAGACGCAAUGAAGAGGAUUAUCAAAUUUUUGGUGCUCUAUAUCGAUAAGGAGAAGCACCAGAAGCAAUUGUCAGAAAAGCUCUUGGUGCGGUUGACAAAAGCCGAGAGCGAGAAGCAAUGGAAUGACAUCGCUUUUGUGUUGACGACAAUUCCCUACAAAAAUGACAUUAUCACACAAGCCUUAGAAGCGGGAUUCAAAUCAACGGCUUCAGCAAGAGAAUAG